ACUGUCCACCCAUUGGCUGGUCCACCUAGAUGAUAGUUGUCUGUGCUUCUGCUUUGCUAUUGCGGAGAUGUUGUACCGGACUGUUGUACAGUAAUAGACUUGUAGUUUAGCUCAUUUUGGAUGCCAGAAUGUACGUUUGUGUGUACCUAUAUGUUAUAUACACGUUUGCUGGACAACGGAACCUGAUUUUGUAGUCCUACCCUUUCUGUUGUAUCGUGUCUAUUGUUACUUUGGAAGCAUUGUUUUUGCAUUCAAUUUUUUUUUUUUUAUUCCAAUUCUAUGUUGGAACUGGAGAACAUUGUUUUUGUGAAUAUAUACACACUGGCAUCUUGUCAUCCAAAUUUGCAUACACAUUACUUGGUAUAUUUAUGCCAGCAUGCAUCCUUUUAACCAAAACCUUAAUAUGGGUAGAGGAUCUAGACCACAAGGUUUUGGUGGUAAUAACACCAGCAAUAAUAAUGGAGGCAGAAAUUUUGGACAAUAUGGAAAUGGAGACCAGUUUCCUAUGCAAAAUAACUCGCAAUAUGGAGAUAACACUAACAUGUACCGUACAAAUAUGUAUGAAAAUGCUCAGAAUAGGCAGAGUUAUCAAGGGGAUCGGAACAAUUUUAAUCCUCAAAGACAAUUUCAAAAUCAGCAGUUCCGAUGUAAUCAAACUUCCCAGAAUGAUAGACAAGGCAUGGGGCAGAUGGAGCACCAAAGAAGUAGAGGCUUUCCUGGUCAGUUUGGCCAUCCAAAUAUGCAACAAAAUACUGGUCAAUGUAACAGGUUGAUAGACAGGGCGAGUUGUAAUUUGGGUGGGCCUCGAAACUGUCAGGCAGAAAGUUUUGGAGAAACACAAAGCUCUCCUGAGUUUGAAAGUCAGAGAGGAAGACCAUUCUACAACGAGUCUGAUUGUCCAAGAGAAAGACAAGAUAUGGGACAACAGUUUAACAAUAAUACAGCAGCAUGGAACUUGAUCAGACCAAAUUUGAUAAGUAUGAUGCAAAAGUUCUUCUCUCAUAGAUCUACUUCUAGUAAUUUUGACAAUAUUUUCAACAAUGAUCAGCAACAACCCGUUGGAAAUUUUCCUCUUUACCAGGAUCAAACAGCUCUUCAGAACUUCACUUCACCAAAGAGAUGUAGAAAGAAGUGGAAAAAGAAAGCUAAGAGUCGGUUCAGCUGGAAAAAGAUGACAGAUUGUUCACAGGGUUCUUAUACAAAACCAAACCGAUCCAACCAGCAGUCUCAAGUCUAUUCAAAAGUCCUCGAAAAUUUCAAUGAUUGGUCAACUGAAGUGGAAAAUACGAAAACGGGAAAGUCCUGGACCGUCACGACUGCAGAGGAUGUUCCAGGUGUUAUAGAAACUGCAACACAAGCUUCAGGUACAGCAUCUGAUGAAAUAGCUACCACUGAUCAUUCACCACAAAAAUGUUCAGAGGAACAGAAAACCAGACUGACAGGUGUUGGCUCAGAAGGUGAGGAUGUUAGCAAUAAUUCUGUUUAUAUAUUAAGUGGCAAGAAUGGAAAUGGACCCACAACGGCACAACAAGUAGACUCAAACGUCUUGUAUAAAAAUGAGCCAAAUCAAAAUCUAUCCCAUGACAUGCACACUGAAUCAAAUCCGUCCAUUAAAGAAAUCCAACAAAACGAGGUUCGGUGUCCAUUAGGUGAACACCUGGGUCGAAGUACUGGUCAUACAACCCAGACAGAUCCCUCGGAUGUGGAGCAUGUGCAACAGGGCAUGGAACUUGUAAGCCUGGAGGGUGACACACGCAUGUCACAGGAUAGUGAAACAAACACAGGUUCACCACAGCAAUCUAGAGAUGCAAGAAAUCUCUUGACACGACCAUCAAGCACAGAGAAGAAUAAGUCAAUAUCUCCGGGAAUGAAGGAUAGAAAACAGUUUUUUGGUACACCUCUCCAGAGUGGUAAAGAUUCACCCAAAACACCAGAGCCAGGAAAAACUUGGUCCUCCAAUGAUUACUUCACUGGUGGACAGUCCAAUGACAACCAACAGUUCAACGACAAACAACAGUUCAACGACAAACAACCAGGUACGGUUCAGGUUAGUACAGUAUCAGGUCAAUCGGCCAUAAGUGGACGUCCUGAUACAGCCAACAAAACACCUUCAAGUGGAAACAAAGAUCUAGAUGCGAUGCUGGGACAGAGGAUUUCUGUGAUUGGAGAGAGGAACAGGUCAAGGUCAGGAGAGCAACAAGGCUAUAGGGGAACGCCUAAACUUGGUGUACCAAUAGAUAGAGGGGGACAAGAGGGGAUGUGGAACCAAGGAAGGAGUUUGGAUGUGUCUAGUUACAGGGAAGGAAAUGUAGACAGAAGAGAUAUGUGGCGUACACCUGGUAAGGAACCUUACAGAGCAGAAUCAACGAUGAAAGGAGGAGUGGAAACUGAUAAAAAACCUGAGGGAAACCAAAUGCAAUCGGGGGACAAAGGUGACAAUGCCAAGGAAAGGAUUGCUUCCUCACCAAAUAUUGGUUUGGCCUACAAAGAUAGGUUCCAUCCUGGUGACAGGAGACAGUAUAAUAGUCCGAACAGGACUCGGGGUCAGGAUACACGAAGAUAUUAUGGAUCACCUCAGAAUAGUUCUCCAAGACGUCGACAGGAAAAGCCUGAUUACUACACACAAGAUGGACGCUUUGACAGGAAUAGAGGACAGCAUUACCGAGACAGUAGAGAGGAAUCUGAAAUGGGGUCAAGGUGGCGAUCAGAGAAUGAGUCCAGGAGGGGUAGGGACACAGGAAAUACAUUUUCACCACGUGAUAGGAACCAAGGGCAGUUCCCCUCCAAUAGUGGUAGACCUUACAGCAGUGGUCGGUAUCAAAAUGAUUACAAUGAUAAACCAGGUAGAUCUUCAAACAGAGAUUCUUCUGAUGGCAGUGAUGGAAAGUCAGGAGAAAAAAGGGAUAACCACAACGCUGGUAGCAAGCUUAGCAACAAUCCUGAUAUGAAAUAUGCUCAAGGUGAUAAAAUCAUUCCAAAAUCUUUGAAUGAAUCAAAGGAACAUUUGAGUCAGAGUUCCACCAGCUUUCAAAGAACAGAUCAGAGAGUGAUCAGGUCUACCAUGAUGGAUCAGCAUCCCAACGCAAGGGAUAGUUUAAAUGAGUCAAACUGUAGAACAACUGAACAAGAGAGUGGUGAGGCAAGAAAACAGAACGAAGAUCAAGGGAGCAUGCCUAGUUCUACUGUCACAGGGCAAAAGUCUGACAAUGAACAAAACAGUCAAAUCAGCAAGUCUGACAACAGCAAGAAAGUAGAAAAGGAGAUGGAAGUUUCUGAAUAUGCAAGUGGCGGCAAUGAUCCCAAAGGUCAAGCAAGUUCUUCACAGUCUUUGGAUAAAUCAAAGGAACUGUCGAAUAAAAGUCCAACAAAUUUUCAAAGAAUAGAUCAGAGGCCUGUCAAGUCUACCAUGAUAGAACAAACCCCCGACAUUUACUCAAAGGAUAGCAAUGAAUCGAAGAGAAGGACAGCUGAACUAAAGAUUGAUGAGACAAGAAACAAUAACAAAGAUCAAAGAAGCAUGCUUGGUUCUACUGUCAUUGGGCAAACGUCUGUCGAUGCACAAAACAGCCCAAUCGUGGACAAGUUUAGAGGUAGUAAGAGAGCUGAAACUGACAUGGACAUUUCUGGAUAUGCAAGUGGCAGCAAUGAUAAUUGUGGCCAAGUUAUAACUACACAGAAUAGAACAAAAGAACAACAACAGAUCAAGGCACUUUCAACGCAGCGUGGUCCUGAUCGCCAGGUUUCUGGGCAUCCUCACAAUGACUCCAGAUCAAAAGAGCUAUGUAAUGUUUCUGACGCAAAUAAAGACAAAAGACAAAGUAUCUUACCAGAACUUACUCAGCAAUCACCCAAGAGACAAUACUCGUGUGAAGGAGAAUCUCCCAGACGGGCUCGGCAUUCCUCUGGAUCCAGCCAGGGGAGAGGUAGUCAAAGGGACAAUGAUAAAGUCAAAAACAGAAAUUUAAGUGGGGGAAGUGCACACUCUUCUGAUACAGGAAGGGCAAGGUCAUAUUCUAGAGACAAAGAAAGCCAUGUCAAACAAUCUCAUACCUCACAUAGAAGUGAACACAGGCGAGUUGUGAGGGAGAAGAGCAGUGAAAGUAAUAUUAAUAGCGAUUCAAGUUCUGGAAGUAAUCAGGUACACUCUCACAGGCACCGGCAUAGGCUAAAGGGAGAUAACUCUGAUAGACAUAGGCAUAGACACAGAUCACAGGGUGAUUCUUCCUCUCAAAGUGAGAGAAAAGAGCCAGGUCGACAAAAGUCAAAGGAGAUGGGCACUAGUGCUACAGGCCAAUCAACCGAGAGACUGAGAGAUGGAGAGCUGAGUGGACCAAAGCACAGAAGUCUAGGCAGUACCACAGAACGUUGGAAGGCAGGAGAGGAUUAUGCUGGAAGCUUCUACAGGUAUACACAGACAAACAAUACCAAAGAAUUUGAAGGAGGGAGUGAUGUCGACAUAGAUGAAGAGGAUUCAGACGAUGAGCUGGAGACCCCAUUUUUCCUGACGUCGCUUACAGAGGCAAGCUCAAGACCAAUUCCGUCCACUCCAACAAAGGGCAUAAAUGCUUCACACACAGAAUCCCCAACCCCAUCCUGCAGCCCACAGAUCUCACUGGCCCCUCUGUCUUCACUCACCUCGGGGUUCUCAUUGGACGCCCUUCUGGCUGAGGCCAUUGAUAAGACAUCAGAAGAACGACAGUGCGAAGAUAUGCACGCGGUACUUGAGGAGGGACUAAGAAAGGGAGGCUUUGUAAAGGAUACUUUGGAAGUUAACGAAGAGCCUGUCGUUGAUGAAGAUCUGCUACCUGAACACCAGCUCAAACUCAAAAAAUUCGAGAUCUGUAAGAGUCAGAUGAGUGAGGUUCACCCUGGAGAGAGCAUCUUCCUUGGUCGGAGGUACCAGUGCCUGUUUAAUGCUGACGUAUCCCUCCAGUCAUGCGGCUUUGUACCAGGAACUACCUACAUUGACAAACAUCUCAUCACUGUUCAACCAGGUGACUACAUAACACUCCUAACCUCUGACAUUAUGCUGAUGUGUUUUGAUGCGAUCUCCUGUCAGGAUGCUGUGCUGCGGUGGCUGUUAUUGAUCAUGUCGGUGCAUGCUAGCCACCUUCUGAUAAACUGCUGCUACAAGACUAUCCAGGAACACCUUUACUCGUGCCAGCAUUUCACCUGUAAGACUAAGUAUACCUGGUCUCCUGCAGUGACAGAUAUACUCUCCAUACUAUGUAACUAUGGAGCAGAUCCAAACAAAUUAUUGCCGAAGUCUUUGAUGCCAAAUACUGAAUCUAUCCGAAAAUCUCUGUUUCAACAACAAAACAUGGAGAUUCAGCCAGCUGCUGGGAAAUACAACAGGGAAAAUUUCCGCCUUGUCCUUACUUCCCUAGCCAUGGCAUUUCAAAUCAGGCCUAAGUACACAGCUGUCCAGAUCACACAGAUGGUGGUCAUGCUAUGUAAGGCAGCUCUCGAUAAAUCUCUCAACAAUUUUAUGUUAACCCAUGAGUUUGAGGUUGUGCUGGCUUCCCUGUUAAAGUUGUACACAGACGCAGACUGGACCUCACAGUCCCUAACUUUGUGUCGAGAGCUGUCCAGUUUAACGGAACACCAUCAUAACAAAGUUUACCUUGCACAGUUACUUCCCCCUACCACCAAAGGGAAUUUUCUUCAGCGCCGUGUCAGCUUCCUGAUGAUACACCACCUCUUUAAUCCAGAACAGAAAGUGUCUGAUGAUGUUGUCAUGCAUUUUCAGCUGGGUCGUGUUCACAACGUUCUGCCCCGAUUACAAGGACUGGCCGAUGAUGACAUCUAUCUGUUGGCAAGCUGUGUGAGUCUUCUAGACCUUUGUAUAGGGAACGGGGUCAUCAAGUCUGCAGAGAAGGAUGACUUGGAGUACAUUACAGAACAGAUGAAGAAACUGACAGGUGAAGUGAGAGACAAUGUCCAGAUGUUAGACAAGACGAGAAUAAAAGACAUGAUGAUAAGAAUAACAAGCAAGUGGACUUUAGUGCUCCGCAGUAUUGGCAGCAAGCAGAGAACUCUUUUCGAGUGCCCUGGGAAUUUCCGUAAGUCUCCAGCAGAAAUGAAGAUUGAGACAGUAGAUGCAAGUCAGACUGAUCAGGCUUCUGAAACAGAGGAGGAGGAAGAAGAAGACUCUGAGGAGGAAGAUGCUCAGUCCGAGGAGGAAGAGAAACUGCAAGCAAAAGUUAAAACGGUGACAAUCGAUGUGAAUGGGAAGGAUGUUUCUGGUUCACCAGCUGAUGAGGGGAUGGACAUUGGUGAUGAGGAUGAUUUACCAGAGUUAUAAGACUUAUCAUCUAUUUUGAGUUUUCAUAGUUGAUGUAUUUUGGGCAAAGAUGUGUAGCAUUGCAUCUUUUACUCAUUAUUAUUGAAGGAUGACAACCACAUCAAAAUACUUCUUACAACUGGAAAUAGUUUAUAUAUUUUUAUAGUGCAACUUUAUAUCACUCAUUGAUUUAAUUCUAUAUUAACCCAUUCACCAUGAGGAACGACAAUGCAAUUUUAGCCAUAUCACUAUUUUCAUCAUUCAACUAAAAUUCUAGAGGUUUAAUUUGUGUUGGUAGAGAAAAAUAAACUUAGGCAAACAUUUUGAAAAUGCUUUAAAGUGAAAAAUGUUGAUGCCCACCUUUAAUAGGCAAAAAAUAUUGAAUGCAUUUCAUUAACGUUUUUUUUGCUACCAGUGAUGUUUGAGGAAUUAUCAGUAUGACCAAAAUGAUGUAAAAAGUGAUAACUUCUCUGCAGUGAAGACAUAGACGAAUGUUUUCAUUUGUCUAGGAAAAUGUACCAUGAAAGUGUAAUAUUUCUGACAGAUAUCCUACCAUUCAGAUAAAGUCAUAACCAGUAAACAGCUUUUAAGGUUUUCUGUUGAAUAUCAAAUAUAAUUCAUAAAUAUGAUUAUUUUCAUAUUUUCAGUCUUUAAAAGUAACCCUGUAAAAAUAAGGAAUAUCUCCUUUUCAUGAAAAGGAUGUGUCAUUGUAACAGCACUUGAUUGGUAAUAAACAAUCGGGACAACUCUGCCUUAAGGAUCCCCGUACCGCUGCCCAAAAAACUAAAAUAUUGUAUCCAAAACCUAUUUUCUGUCAUAACUUUAGCUUUUAACAACUAUUUUUGAAAAUAAAAACCACAUGUGGAUCUCAAAUUGUUAUACUGUUGCUGUAACCGAGGGGAGGUUAUACUUCAUGUGAGAAAAACCACAGUGCAGUGGGGUCAGGAUCCUUAACAGAAGUUUCUUGUUCAGUUCUGUUAUAAGCAUUAUUCUUUAACAAUUAUAAUGAUAACAAACUGUUCCAAAUAUCAAAAAUAUCUGACAAUAAAAUUGUAUAAGUAUCUUGAAACAUUUCAGGAUGAUUUAAUAAAGUCAGAAAGUUAUAGAAGUAGAACAUUUAAUCUAUUUGUUGUUGAAAUACAUAAAGGUUUGGUGUCAUGUAAUUGAAUGGUUUAUGUUUAACAUUGCCAGAAUUACAGAUAAUAUGGGGGUAAAGUUUACAUAUCUUCAUGCUGUGCUGCCUAUUAGUGCCUCAAUUAUAUGUGAUUUAAGUCGGUUGUAAUCGUAUUUGUCCUUUCUGAUUUUUGUUGUGUAUGUGUCUUACUUUCACUUUCAGAACAAAUCCACAUGAAAAAUAUACUUAACAUGAAAUUAAACGGUAAUAUUUUCAUAUUUUCAAAUACCCACACCCUGUAGUAACUAGGAGAUCAUUUGACCACAGGAUGUAGAUUUUGAGUUUGUGUGAGUUUGGACUUGAUUGAGGGAGUUUCGAGGGAGAUUGGUAAAUUUUAAUCAAAAUGAUGGAGUCUCCCUCCUUUUGAGGGAGGUUUGACAGCUAUGUUUUUUUUCUCAUUAAAAUAGAGAGUAGAGAUCUAUCAAAACAAAACGAAUUUCAUGUGACAUUGUAAUUUUGUAAUUUCCUGUAACAGGUACACGCCUUAUAGGUGCUAUGAAAUUUGUUGUUUUUUAGGUCCAAUACUUUAAAUAUUCAGUUUUGAUAAAAAUAAGUGUCUUCAGUUCAAAGUUAAAGAAUUAUCUUCCAAUUCCAACUAAGAGUAUGAAUGUGUAACAAAAGUUUGAUAAAAAUUAUUUGUUAUAUAUCAAUCUAAACAAGCAGAUUUUGAGUUCCGAUUUGGUCACUUUGUGUUGAUGCUGUAGUUUAUUUCUUUCCAUUUUACUUUUCAUAGAAAUAUUCCCUUUGACUGAGAGGUAAUUUAUGGAAAGUACUGCAAAUGGCUCUAACAGGGUUAUCAUUUUUAUGGGCCAGAAAUAUUGUACUUUGUAUGAUUACCAGAGUUUUGCAUGAUAACUGGAGUUCAAUGUGGUGGAUGUUUUUGUUUUUAUCUCAUUUCCGUACAUUUUAAAUUGUCUAUGUAUGUGUACCCUUAAAUAUCUAAUACUUGUCUUGAUUUAACAUAGGCAGCUUGUAAUUCGGAAAUACGACCUUCAUUUUAUUUUUUCAUUUCUUUCUAAAAAAAAACAGUCAAAAUGUGACUUGUUGAGAUUUUAGGGUAAAUGAAAUAUUGAUAAGAAAAUAUAAGAAAAUUACUUUUUGUGUAAAUUUGUGUGAGAAAUGUGCAAUGGAUGAGAUACAACGGUAGUGAAGUGGUUAUGAUAGGGAGGGCUGUGGGAGACACUGGAAUACGAGUGAGUGUGUAACAUGUCCGAGACAAGUGUUCAAAGUGUUAUGUUUACUUUUAUUAAAAAAUAAAAAUGAUUGAAAA